CCCUUUUCAACGAACGUCAUCCACGCGAAGAGCUGCCUUGUGGCGCUGCAAACCCUCUCCCGCUUGAUGUAGCUCGCCGGAAGCUGUUACUGAGAUCCCUGCAAUAUAUGAAGUAUCAUUUAUCGAGUCAGAGAACAUCCUUACUUCCGAGUUUAUGACAGAAGAAGGAUCAUCGAAGAAGGUUGGUCUCAGGAUACUGCCAUGAGUAACUUCUGCAGCGAUCUCCGAGGAUCGAUUAUUUGACAACCACGGUAUUUGAGACACGUGGUUGAAAGAAGAGCAGGACGAGUAACUCAACAUUCCAGGCUACAGAAACUUCAAGUGUGACGCUGCCUCUCGCCGCAUUGUGACUCACAGCAUCAUGGCGGAGGAGCUGCUAGCCGGGUCCCAGUGGCCAAAUUCAAGAGAUGCCUAUGAGCUUCAGGAGAUCAUCGGCAGCGGGGCUACUGCCGUGGUACAGGCAGCCUUCUGCAAACCCAAGAAGGAGCGGGUGGCAAUAAAGAGAAUAAAUCUGGAGAAGUGCAAUACGAGUAUGGAUGAGCUUCUGAAGGAGAUUCAAGCCAUGAGUCAGUGCAAUCAUCCCAACGUUGUGACUUAUUUCACCUCAUUUGUGGUGAAGGAUGAACUCUGGCUGGUCAUGAAGCUGCUGAGUGGAGGCUCAAUGCUGGAUAUAAUCAGGAGGACAGUCAGCAAGAAUGAACACAAGAAUGGUGUGCUGGAUGAACCAGUGAUAGCAACUGUUCUCAAAGAGGUGCUGGAGGGCUUGGAUUAUCUGCAUAGGAAUGGGCAGAUACACAGGGAUGUCAAAGCUGGUAAUAUUCUACUUGGCGAUGAUGGAUCUAUACAAAUUGCAGAUUUUGGUGUUAGUGCCUUUCUGGCUGCUGGUGGAGAUAUGACCAGAAAUAAAGUACGUAAAACCUUUGUUGGAACUCCGUGUUGGAUGGCCCCAGAAGUGAUGGAACAGGUAAGAGGUUAUGACUUCAAAGCAGACAUCUGGAGCUUUGGAAUAACGGCAAUUGAACUGGCAACCGGAACGGCACCGUAUCACAAGUACCCGCCAAUGAAGGUUCUGAUGGUGACUCUCCAGAAUGAGCCCCCUACACUCGAGACAGGUGUAGAGGACAAGGAGAUGGUUAAGAAGUAUGGCAAAUCCUUCCGUAAACUGAUAGCCCUGUGCCUUCAAAAAGACCCUGCAAAGAGGCCCACUGCAGCAGAGCUGCUGAAGCACAAAUUCUUUCAGAAAUCAAAGAGUAAAGAUUAUCUGAUGGAGAAGUUGUUGGGCCAUUCACUAAGUGGAGGACAGAAGGACACAAAGGCUGACAACACAGUGCAAGCUACUGGCACGAUGCCAAAGUCUGUGAACGAGCCAGAGACUAACAAAAAGACGAGAUGCAUCCAGGGAUCCAGUGGGCACUUAUACAAAACAGAAGAUGGAGGCUGGGAGUGGAGUGAUGAUGAAUCAGGCGAUGCAUAUGAUGAAUCAAAACCUGCGGCCUAUCAGAAAACUGAACAGUCAGGAAGUCCAUCACAUCUAGCUAACCAGGAUGGUUCAAUCCAUCUGGUCCUGCGACUGAGGAAUUUACGAAGAGAAUUGAAUGACAUCAGAUUUGAGUUCACGCCAGGGAGGGACUCUGCAGUUGGUGUUUCUCAGGAGCUCGUUUCUGCAGGCUUAGUGGAUAAGUUUGACAUGAUGGUUGUGGCUAACAACCUGCAGAGACUAAUCGAUGACCCUCAUUCAAACAGGACACUCACAUUUCGACUGGUCUCUGGCUGUGAGGGCUACAGCCCAGAUGAAACCAAACUCAUUGGAUUUGCCCAGCUCAGCAUGAGAUGACAAUCCUCCUCAGAAACCGGUACCAAAGAAUUCUGAGAUGCCUCUCUAUCAACAUGACCUGAACCUCCACUGCCCUUCCCUAGAGCACUUUGUAUGAUUCUGUUUAAUUCUUAUGCUUCAACUAGUCCUUGCAUACUAUCAAUGUAAUAGCUCAAUAUUCUUAAAAAGGAACUUCAAAGACUUUGAAAUGACCUAGCACUAGAUGACCUAGCUCCACUUCUUAGCCAUAUACACUGGGCUUGUGCCUCCUCGGAUAGAGUCAAGUGUUUAACUCAAUUGCAGAAUUAUAAAAGAGGCAAGUUUCUCUCCUUCCCUCUUGCAGCCUAGGUGCAGUUUUAAAGUAGGAAAAGGGCUCAGAAAGGGAUUUCAUCUUGAUAAUUAACCACCUCCUUUCCAGGAUUAGAGCAGUCAUACCCUCUUGGCCUGUUCUGAAUUGGCACAUGAAAAUUGUUUACUAGGCCGAAUUUUCCUUCGGGGAGAUAUACAUCUGCUGCAGUACCAAUUGGUAUUAUACUUUUCAAUGGUGAGAUAACUUGGUAUGGCUCAACUAUCCUCGUACCCUAGGCUCUCAGUCACCAAUUAAGAAUGGGAAAAUAUUGAGUCAGUGGCAUAGGAAGAUUAAAGAACAGUUUAUAAAUCGCAGAGAUGAACAGUGAACAAUUUAGUGCCUGCAGCAGUGAGAGCAGUGUGUUUAAAAUGAUCAUCAGUGAGGUAGUUGUUUAUACAAUAUAGUUGGAUCCCCAUCUCUUACUCGUUAGAGCAAACAGACUGCUUAAUGAGUCCCUUCUCUGGAUUGAUUUAAACAUCUGCUACCAGUGAACCAGAUGUUUAGUUUGAACUUUGAACCAUGGUCCUCCAGUAUCAGGCAGCUUGUUAGCGCAGUGGGAUCUGACUGCAUUAAGGAUAUUGCCCCUUCAGCUCUCCCCUGACAACAUUAAGAGGCUCAGCUAUUAAAACAAAAUAUUUUUUAAAAAUCUAGAAACACACUGCUUUGCCUGCUGCUUAGCUCGGAAGCUGAUUUGCCUCGUGUCCCAUGGCUGGGUGGAUGAAGGACAUCUGUUCCAUAGUAAUAAAGUAGGCAUAUGUGAGCCAGCUAUAGAGGGGAGGCAAAGCUUAGGGAUUGAUCUUCCUUUGCUGGUUACAGCAGAAUAAGAUGCAGGUACAAUGUAACUUUUUUCAAAAUAAAGAUUACUGGGGCUGUGGGAAGGGUGAGGGAAGUAAAGCCUUAAAGCUGGGACAGUAAGUAAAGGACAGACCCAUUCUCAAACUCUUAUUCAAGGACUGGGGUGUUUCCAGAGUAAAGCGCACACAGAUUUCUGCACCCAUUUCCUUGAAUGGUCUUGUGUGUUGGCUUCAGUCUGACCACAAUUUGUAAGCCAGUUCCAGAGAUUUACCAAAGCAUCGAACUGUGAGAAUAGCAGGCAAAAAUAGUGCCUUUCUGGAUUAGACUUGAACUUGGGUAGUCUGCAUUUAGCCAUGGCCAUUUCAUACCCAGGAGGUGUGGGGUGGUGGGGAACUGUGGGUUGCUGAAUGCAAAUUGUAUGCAAUGUUCCUGGCCCACUAGACUGCCCUGUCCUCUGGCAUGAAGUGCCUGAUCUAUGCAGACGGAUCUAGCCCACUCCCUUCUCUGCUCUGAGAGUACAGCCCUCAAAGGAGGUUGAAGCUGAUGGCUCAUGAGUUUGACUCUAGCCGAGCUUCAAAUUCCAGGGCAAGAAUGUUCUUCUCCUCAUAUGGAGGGGAAGGGGUAGGGGAAUAGAGGAAGGAAGAAGAGAGGUCAUCUCAUAAACCAAAGAAUAAUGUGGUCUAUUGAUCAGGAAAUUUCAGGCAUUGGGAUCUGUAAACCCAGGAAAACAAACUGAGCAGGAAUUAUUUUGUGAAGUGAAACUUUAGAACCUGAAAAGAUGCAAGUAAAUGUACUUCCCCUUUUCCAAUCUACUCUGUGGGGUUCAGGAUCAAGGGAGAGCUAAACCAACCCAGAGCCAACAGUUGAAACUUUUCUAAUGAACCAAAUAAAUGUGAUAACAAUCAGGCAAGGAUGUUAUAUCAGUGUUGAUGAGUGUAAGUGUGUCCCCUCUGGAAAGUACAUAAUAACUGACAGGACUGCUUUGAGGGAUUAAUCCCCUCAAGGACAAUAGCAGGGUUAUGCUGUGCUUCCAGGGUUGAUUCUAGCUUAGUUCAGUAACUAAGUAUUACAGGUGGUGGGAAAUUUACUCACUAUAACCCUCCUUUAGAGAGAGGAAUAAAAGUCAGUGAGGGUUCUCAACCCAGCUCACCACUCAUCAACCCCAGGAGACAAUUUCCUCCCUUGUGAUUUGUACAAAAACACAACCAGGCUAUGUGAACAGGCUUCUAUUGGCAGAUUACUGUGCGACCUUGCUGGAGGCAAGCCUGAAGUUGGGGAAUUGGACCCCCUCACCUUUCACUACCUUCAUCUGAGGUAGGAAAAUUUAAAAAGCUACUAGUACAUUAUGACAAAGAUAAACACUUCUUGCUGUGGCUACCACACGUCCUCAAAUAGUAACCAAUAUACUAGAGCUCAAUAAUUCAGAAUAAACUUGAAAUGCUUAUUGCUAUUAGAGCCCAUGGUGUCACACUGCAGCGAGUGGGGUUGCUGAAAUAAAGACACACAUCAUCCUCCUUGCACUGAAGAAGAGGGCUCUAAUCCUGACCAGUUUUGCCUGAUUCUGACUUCCCAACAUGUGCCUGGUAAGAGCAGAGAAAGAAAAUGGCAACUUACCAAGAGAAGAAAAUCCCUCCAUAAACUCCAAUCAAGAGCAGGGAGGGAUUAUUAUUUGUGGGUAGCUAGGAGAGGAGUUUUUUUUUAAAUAAAAAGGUAAAAAUUAAGUUAAAUUAUAUGGGGUCACAAUGCUAUUUUAUGAACAUUAAAGUACUUGCAAAUUCAUGAAGUAGGACAUCAUCUCUUGCAGUGUAGGCCAGUCAUGGUGAUGUUCAGUUUAAAGCAGAUAUGGAGCACGUUUAUCAUACUUUAUUCUAAUCACAGAUAUCCAAUAGCCAGUAGUCUGGGACUAGGACAGUUCUUUCAUACCCAGAGGAAUGAUGUACUACAGGAAUGCUACCUAUUCAGUUGUGAAGCAUGUGUCCAGACAAAUACAAUGCCAACAAGCCCAGACUUAACAUCACCAUUAACCUAUUUAGUAGUGUUUAUAUUUUAAAAAAGGAGUGCAAGAAUGACUAGGGUGAUAUAUCCUACUGAAGUUGAUGUAAAUAAUUAGAGGAAAUUAAAAAUGAGUAUGCUGGACAGAAUAACAGAGUUGAUGUUUCAUGUCGAUGACCUCUCUGAAAAGGAAGCUGAUAUUCCCCAAGUGAACCACAGUCCCACACAAACCCAAGAGUAUUUGAAUUUGGCAAAAUUCAGCAACCUUAGUUGAUUUUUUUUUUUUUUUUUUUUUUUAAAUAGACAUUUUAUUCAGUAACCAGUAAGUGCACAUGACUGAGGAAAGUGCCUUGUAUCACUGCUUUGUGUGAAAGAUUUACCUGGUUCUAGAUGAGUAUGAUGGAUUGUAAGGAUUUAUUAGUAUACGGGUUUCAGUGUAUUAAUACUGCUGCUGUUUACAUCCUGUGGUUACUGGAUAUACAGUAUCCUCAAUGCAAGAUUGCAGAAAUGGUGACUAAUAAUUUAUUUUAACAUUGAUGUGAAUGUGGAGAAUUGUGAAAGGAUUCCACCAUUUUGAAAAUUAUUUUUUGUUUGACGUUGUAGAUUGUGCCAGAGUAACCAACUUGUUGCACUACUGAGAAAGCUCUCCCUAUGGCCAUGACAGGUGCACUCAUGUCCUUUACAAAUAAGCAUAUAGCCAUCUAUUUCAUGCUUUAUGCAUAUAUAACAUUUACAGGAUAAGGUUAAUGUGUUGGUGGACUGAUCUGUUCUCCUCUAACCCUCAGAUUUCCAGAGGGUGACAAGAUUAAAAUUAAGUUCUCCAAUGCAGAAGUACUUUAUACUUAAUUCAAACUGGAGUGGUUUUUAUUCCUGGACCUUAUCUAAGCAAGAAGAUCCUGAUUUGAUAGUUUCAGUAGAUGAUAGGCCCAGGCAGGCCACAUCUCUAUUUAAAAAAAACAUUUUUACUCAUUCUUCAGUCCAAAAAAAUUAUCAGCAGACAGGGUUAAAACCAGGUUAAUUGAACUGGGGAAUGCCAAAAGGGUAAACAUACAUAAAAGCAAUUUCCUGCCCUUUAAACACUGCAUUCCAGGAGAAAAUGGCUGCCAAAGGGGUGAGAAGUUUGAAAGCAACACAUCAAAAACACAAGAGUUCAAGUGACAAAACCUACGGAGAUAGUACUGGACCUUCUCUGUUGGGGGUAGGUGUGUGGGUCCUUUAUGAAAGUUGAUGCUGUGGCCUACUCCAGCGCUUAAUCAGUGAUUGGAGGGGAUCUUGAAAGUCAAAGUUUAAAAACUUGCAUUCCCAUGUUUCACAAAUGGCACUCUACUACCACAUGGUUCACACUAAAAUCCUCACCACACCCAGACCAGGACCUUAGGAAGGACCUCCAAACUGAUAGCUAUCUUUUAGAGUGAAGAAUUUUCCUUUCAAGUUUUAUUUCCCUUAGGAAUUAAGGAACAAUAGCAAGAAAUAAAAUUGAAAAAGAGAUGCAUCUUAAAAACACACCAAAUAAUCUCUUGGAAAAGACAACUAUACAGAAAUGGGCACUUUGUACCAUAGGAAGAGCUUUCGUGAAUCAGUGGGAGUUGAGAAGCAGUUUGAUUUGUUUGCUCCCUCUCCUACAUUCUGAAUGUCACUAAGUAAAGCAACCACAAUCCAAUUAUUCCUUGUCUCUGCACUACUUAAUUACAUUCUCACAUGGUGAAAAUCAUUUGUGUUCAAGUAUUGGUUCAGCAUUGCACAACAUGGUUACUCCUUCACUGGAACACAACUUUGCAAUUACUGCAGAUAGUCAACCCAAGCUUCACAUUUAUGGCUCAUUCUCACACAGUACAAGUAUUAAAAAAAAAACUCACUUUGCUGGUUAUAUUGUGUAUCAUUUGUGCAUUGACAACAUCAACUUGGCCAAGGCAUUGUUUGAGAUGCCAUCUUCUGGAUAGUGAUGCAUUGAGGACACUGCUAGAUGCUCAAGUGGAUGCAAACUUCUAUCUGAAGAACAGCGAGGUUUAUUCCUACAGCGUACACAACCCCUGCAGUUGGGUCAUUAAUCUUCUCUUAACUAAGAGCAAUAGUAAUGCAUCAGCUGGCUGUUCAUUCAUUUACUGUUUUAACCUCUGUACGCAAAUUGGCUUACUGCAUGUUUACAUAACAUUUUUUAAAAAUAAAAAGCAAUUCAUUGGCUGAAAAGUAUAUUGGGACAUUGAGGAGGUACAAUGCGCCAAGGGUGUUCUUUCUUGCUGCUUGGCAUUUUUCAGCAAGAGAAGCACAAUUGCUGCUAUUACAAGAUGAUCACAAAGAAUUUAACCACUCUGUGUAUAUAGCCCUAAUCAAACAAAUUAAGAAAUAACAAGCGCAAAUAGAUUUCCCUGGGCUGUGUUAAUUGAAUUCUAGGGCUCGUACACUAAGAGCAGCAAGACCAUUUUGCGUUCAUCUAGAAGAUAGCUAGCAAGCAAUACUACACUACAGGUAUUCAAGAAAGCAGUUAAUCAAUAUUCUUCAAAACCAGUUUAAAUUCAGGUGUCACCAGAAGAUCAGAGAUGGGGCCUGUUCAGCUUGGUUUGAAUAGGACCUCAAAGUAGUGGGUAAAGCAACAGACCAUGUGAGGAGAAGUCUUGCAACAGAAACAACAGGGAAAGCCUUUGACCCCAGUUGGUCAAUGACUUGGUAUCCCAGUCAUCAACUAUGCACCAAGAACU